AGCAAUUUAUUCUUUUGAGCCCGUUUUUGUUGUUAAAAGGGGAGAGUAGAUGCACGAUAUGGCAAUGAAGUUCUCUCCAUGAAAAUAAUUCAACCCAUCUACAACCUAUCCCCAGAGGUACACUGGGGCGGCGGCAUCCGGGCGCGAGGGUGACUAUUUGACAAGCCUACACGUGGUGCCGCCUGUUAAAUCUUUAUGCUUUCGUAUAAGGAUGAGCCAAUAUGCCAUAAAAUUUUUUUAGUCAGUAAUAGAUAUAUACUUUAAAGAGAUGAUAAAAACCUAUUUUUCACCACCUUUAUUUCGUUAUCAUGAUUUGGCUACAUCAAACUGUCUUGAUUCUAUUUGUAAUUUUUUGUGUCUUUGUCUAGAUUUUUUUUAUAAUAGUGCUGUUUUUCUUAAAGCCAUUCAGCAGCAGAAAAGAGAUAAAAUAGAAAAGUAGUUUUGAGUAACACAUGAACAAUGUAUUGCUCAGGUUUUCAGCAAUAAUCUACGGAGAAAUUGAA